AUGUCACGAGCUGACCUCUUCAUGGAGUCAUUGACUCACCAGAAAAAAAUCUUGGACGUUAGCCCAUACCUUGACGUAAACGGUCAGAGAGGACUGGAGUCAUCAUAUUGUCUUCUACAUAACAUUGGCGAUCCUACCGUAUCUCGACAAACAUUGAGCAGACAUAAGAAAGCCCAACAACACCUAAAGAAUGCCUAUUCGAUAGCCAAGGCUUUAUUUGUUCUUGUUACAGUGACAACGCCUAUCACAGAUCUAGCCUUGAUAGAGCACACCGAGCUCUUUCCACGACUUGAAGGCUGGUGGGACAGUAACCCACCCACACAGAAGUUUGAGUUUCACGCGAUCAAGUUACUUGAAGGUUUAGACACUCAGAGAGACGAAGGGAAGCUCCCUAAUAACCGAGGUAAUAAAAAAAUAUCAACAUGGAGAAAGCGUCCAAGGGCUUCCAGAAAAACGACUGGAACACAUGGUAUAAAAGAAUUACGAACGGUUGACAACCCUGAGCCGCAUCAUCCGCAAAACCAGGGUGCUGAAUCCCAAGCGCUUCUUGGGAGGAUUGAGCAUGAGGAUGGCGCAGCUGAAAGAGGUUCUGGCCUUCAAAUAACGCUUUCUACAGAAUCAGCCACACUUCAAGACUAUGCCAUAAAUCCAAUAGACGAAGAAACGAUACCCUUCCAUUCUUCUCAGCUCAUCAACUUUCUUGGCGCCUACCAGAGCGACUAUCCACACCUCCAAACAAUCUGUAACCUCCUUCGGAUGAGUGAGCCAAAUCUGCAACUUCCUUACUCCCUAUUCAACUUAGCCCCUCCAUAUAUACAUGUCAAAUUGGUAUUGCCUCCGGGACUCCGCGUCAAUAUCGAGGUGUCGAAGGAAUUCAGUUAUCUGUUCGUUCAAUAUCUCUGGAUACUUCAAGGUUCAGGAGUCGCGAGAGAUAAAGCGACGCAAUGA